AUGUUGAACGCUUCUUGCAAUUUCAACGCCUCCAACCCAUGCCCGCUCCCUGAACCAUCUGACAAAUACUCAGGAGACCGACGUCAAGGUCCCAAUGAGUGCUAUGAUACCGGGAACUCACCUACUUCGAUUUUACCGUUGCCUCCAACCGCCGUGCUGCCUGACGAUGCUGACGUGGCAACCCACCCGUCCACUGGUGGCGAUUGGCCUCCGCCUGGUCCUCAGCGCCUUUGGGUCAGCGAGCCUACAUGUCUACCUGGACCGGUGGCUCCGUCGCGCACCACGCAGCUGCCGCCGUCGUUGCCUGUCGACCGACACCGCCUGUACUUUCUGGACCUGCAGCCUCCACUGGACUACACUAAGGUCAUUCGUGGGUUCAGUGCUGCUGCCAAACAGCACACCAAGGCUGCCUUUGUCCCGCCCCCAGCAGACGCCAUCGAAGCGAUCCUAUUUGAGCUCACGAAGCCAAAAAAGGAUCGCGUCGACAUCCUUGCAAAAAUCGAUCUGGCCAGGCCAUACACCCCUAAGGUGGCCAUCGCUCGUUUCACUGUAGAUACUGGUGACGCACUUGCUACCCAGUCGCACAAGGCCAUUAUGUCCUCGCUGUUUGCCAGUGCGCAAACAGACACGGCAAAAUUUCUGCUGUCUGAAUUCGUCCAAGUCACUGUGCUUUACCUCAUCCCUGUGCACGAGGAGCACCCAUUGGACUCUCUUUGUUUCAUGGACAUUACUGGCAUCCGCGACAAGUUUGACGCAGCUCAAUUCUACCGCAAGCUGACCCAGCUCGGCGUGGAUGUGAUAUACCACAGCCACCACGGCCGCGCCGAAAAAGGCCAAAAAGGCAGAAAUGCUACGCAAUCAAGGGAAAACAUGGUGACACCUGAGAGUAAAAUCGCUGACACUGUACCUUCCCCACGCCCCUUCCAAUUCUCCCUUCAGCAAUCUGUUCGACCCGAAGAGCCAUCCAACUCGUUAGCCCCUAGCGAGCACGUUAGCGUAUUCGAGGACGACGGAGAGGUAGUCAUGGACGCCGACGACGAUUUUACGGAUACACACAUGUCCAUGGAAGUGGACGUACCAUUUCAAGUUGUAUAG